UAGAGUCCUAAUUUUGGAAAUUUCAUACGCUUACGUCUUAUUUGUAAAAUUUUCCCUAACUACAAUCCUCCUAAAAGUGCAAGGAUAUAUAGACCCAUAGAUCAGAGAGUUCUUCUAAAUCCUAAUGGGCACAGACGAAGAAGAUAGAUUUCUUCUGGAAGGCGGUUUGCUUCAUCAGGUUGUCAGAAUGAGAGCAGCAGAAUCCAUACAGGAGAUGGUUCGGUUGACAGGAAAGGGAACCCUGCUUUGAAGAACAAUACUGGGAACUGGAGGGCUUGUCCCUUUAUACUUGGAACCGAGUGCUGUGAACGACUGGCUUACUAUGGAAUUGCCACAAAUCUGGUUAGCUACCUUACAAAAAAGAUGCAUGAAGGGAAUGUUAGUGCUGCCACAAGUAUCACCACUUGGCAAGGCACUUGUUACCUCACUCCCCUCAUUGGAGCUGUCCUUGCUGAUGCUUAUUGGGGAAGAUAUUGGACAAUCGCUGUCUUCUCCACUAUUUACUUCAUUGGCAUGUGCACAUUGGCUAUAUCGGCAUCUGUUCCUGCCUUGAAGCCGGUUGAAUGCAUGGGUUCUUCUUGCCCUACCACCACUCCUACCCAAUAUGCCGUAUUCUUCUUGGGCCUAUAUCUAAUUGCACUAGGGACCGGCGGUAUCAAGCCAUGUGUGUCUUCAUUCGGUGCUGAUCAGUUUGAUGAUACCGAUUCAAGAGAGCGUAUCAAGAAAGGCUCCUUCUUCAACUGGUUCUACUUUUCCAUCAACAUUGGUGCUUUAAUUUCAAGCAGUUUUAUAGUUUGGAUACAAGACAAUGCUGGGUGGGGACUCGGGUUUGGAAUUCCCGCAUUGUUCAUGGCACUUGCUAUUGCUAGUUUUUUUGCGGGAACGCCUCUAUACCGAUUUCAGAAACCCGGUGGGAGUCCUAUCACAAGAGUGAGCCAGGUCUUGGUUGCCUCACUCCGCAAGUGGAAUGUGAGUGUCCCGAUAGAUAGCAGCCUGCUAUAUGAAAGUCAAGAUAAACAUUCUGCGAUUGAAGGGAGCCGAAAACUUUUGCACACGGAUGAAUUAAGUUGCCUUGACAAGGCGGCAGUGAUAUCAGGUGCUGAGCUGAACACAGGGAACUAUACUAACGCAUGGCGCCUCUGCACAGUAACACAAGUGGAGGAACUGAAAAGUUUGAUUCGUAUGUUCCCUAUAUGGGCAACUGGGAUAGUGUUCUCUGCCGUUUAUGCCCAAAUGUCAACAAUGUUUGUGGAGCAGGGGAUGAUGAUGGAUACUUCCAUUGGCUCCUCCUUCAACAUCCCUGCAGCAUCCCUCUCUUCUUUUGAUGUCAUUAGCGUCAUCCUCUGGGUCCCCCUCUAUGAUGUCAUCCUCGUACCCAUUGCUAGGAAUUUCAGUGGGAAAGAGAGAGGAUUUUCCGGAACCCAACGGAUGGGGAUCGGGCUUUUCAUCUCGGUCCUCUGCAUGUCAGCUGCCGCUUUGGUCGAAAGCAGGCGGUUACGGUUUGCCCAACACCUUGGUCUGGUUGACGUAGCGGUCCCCGCACCAGUCAGCAUCUUCUGGCAGGUUCCUCAGUAUUUCUUGUUGGGGGCCGCUGAGGUUUUCACAUUCAUCGGGCAGCUCGAGUUCUUCUACGAUCAGUCUCCUGAUGCCAUGCGUAGCUUGUGUAGUGCCUUGGCACUUCUGACUAACGCAUUGGGGAAUUACUUGAGCUCCUUAAUUUUGACUGUGGUAACUUCUAUUACCACUCGAGGAGGGAAGCCUGGAUGGGUUCCAGAUAACUUGAACAAUGGUCAUCUUGAUUACUUCUUCUGGCUCUUGUCUUUCCUUAGUUUCCUCAACAUGGUUAUAUAUAUCUUUUGUGCAAUGAUAUACAAAUCCAAGAAGGCAACUUGAAGGUCUAUCUUUAUCCCUUGGCCUGCAUCGUUUUGGCUAGAAAUGGGCAUGACCAUGUUGUCGAUGUCGUGCAAUCACCGAUAUUGUGAUAAGUGUGUGGCAACUAGGAAAGUCGUUAUGCUUCUGAUUAGUGUCCUGUGGCUAGUGGCGGUGUAACUUUGCCUGCAUAUGGACAUGGAUGAAGUAAACCUUGUGGAAGGCUUGCUUUCCUUUUCCGUCUAUUAUGCUUCCCACUAUGAUCUGUAGUCUGUACCAUAAAUUAGAAACUCAUUUAGAUGUCUUUAUGUACUUUAUUUAUCAUUUGUACUAGUUAGAUUCCAUUAUUUCAAUUCAAUUUGAUCUUGUGAUGUAGAUUUGAAUGGGGAUGUGCAGAUUUUUAGGUUGAACGCUAUGAACCUAUUCAUUUAGAUUGCAUUUAGUGUUUAUUAAGGUUUGAUGUGGUCUACUAUAACAUGAUC